AUGGAACCCGUCAGAGUGCACCCCGUGCUCAGCAUCCUGGGGAGCAAGUACAAAUCCUUCCAUGAAAACCUGUCCAACAGGACGCAUAUAAUUCUACUCCCAGAGGCUAAAACCCUCGUAAAUAUAAGCAUAGAUAUAGAUUUCCUGAAAAAGCAUAUAUGCUACAAGAGCCACUUAAAGAAUGUAUACAUAAAUUUGUCCGGGCAGUCCAUCGAAAUUGAUGGCAAGUAUGUUUGCACAGGAUAUGGAUUUGAGGAGAGUAGGAUCUGCGAAAUUUUAAAAAUAGAAACGAAUGCCAAUUAUAGAUUUUUGAAAAUUAUUUUUAUUAACAUUCCAUUGGAAGGAGGAUACCAAGAUAGUGAAUCCAUGAGUUAUAUUAACGAUGAAGAUGGUAAAGCUGAUGGAGAGGUAGAUGGGCAGAAGGAUCACCAGUUCAGGAACCCCUCGUGGGGGAAACCAAAUGCAAUGCAGUGGAAACACGACGUAACGCUAUUUUUUAAGCAGAACGAAAACUGCCGAGAAUUUCUAUACACACAACUUUGGCAAUUUUCCCACUCGUACAUUAUCGUUAAGGGCUUCGAAAAUUGCAUUGGAAAAAAAAUUAUCAACAUGGUAGAUGACACACUAAAAUUACAAAUCCAAGUCAAUGAAAGUACAUUAAAAAGUGACAUAAGGAUGCCUCUAAUGAAGUACACCUAUUCUUAUCUGUAUAACAUUAUAUGGAAACAGCUAACUAAAAAUUACCAACAAAUAGAAAAUAAAGUUCAGGAAAAAAUGAAUUACGUGAGAAAGGACAUUAGCGGAUUUUUAAAAAAGUUAAAUCUACGAAAUAUCAGCAUGUUCCACGUGGAAACAACUGCCUUCCAUAUUAAGCAGAUGGAAAAGUGCAACAACCCAAUCGACAAAAUAUACAUCCUAGAUAACAUCAGCAAAAUAAUAUGCGAAAUUAUUUCAUGCACAAAUCAAAAGUUGAAAAAACAAAACUUAAAAACUUACGACAUUAACAGUGACAGUCUUAUUUCAAUCCUCGUAGCGGCAAUUUCUUUUGGUCAGAUAAAAAACAUAAUUAGCCAUUCCAUUCAUUUGCACAUGUACAUAGAUAAUUUAAAGGCAUCCGAAAAAAUUGAUAAAUUAUCAUUUGUCUUCACAAUAUUUCACUCUUCAAUUAUUUACCUCUGCGAUAUGAAGGAAGCAUAG